CUCGAGGAUGGGAAUGUUGUUCUCGCGAUGCUCAAAGCUCCUCCGGCUUCGCUAUUGGUGGGGUGACAGUAAGACGAUGGAAACGGAGUGAGCGAAUUGCCCGUGCGAUUGAGCGAAAUGCAGAAAUACUUUGGAACAUAUACAAACAAUUGAAUGCAUAAAGUAUUCAUCCCUUACAAAUAUUCGGUCAAGAGUCAAUGGUAGCAUUCGUGGAAUGUUGACCGACCUGUCACACGAUACGGUCACGUGCUUUACCAAGAUCCUGAGUCAUCAGAAUCACCCCGCCAAAAUCUUUGACCCCUCCAAAAUCUCGGGCUUCAAAUUGGGGCAACGAGACCUACUUCUACCAGACGUUUCCCACUCCGUUCUUGCAUAGAAGAAGACGAGACUGAAAGCGAUACCGAUAGACGCAUACGAACGAGACGAAGCUACAGCACACGAUUGUCACAGCGAACCCUUCACCGACAAACCCUCCCCUCCUCCAACCCCGCCAUCAUGAGCUUCGACGCUGAGAGCGCGGCUCCAGUGCUCGCCACAGCCGACUUCAAGACUCUCGGUCCCUUGGCCGCUGAUCUUGACAAGCACCUCACGCUCCGAACCUACCUUGGAGGCUACACCCUGAGCGAGGCCGACGAGAAGGUCUGGACUGCUCUCCGCACCAACAAGGUCGCCAUUGGCCUCGUCCGAAAGGGUGCCUACGCCAACAUCACCCGAUGGUUCAAGUUCAUCGAGGAUGCUCACCCUGAGCUGAAGGAGAAGCUCAACUCCGGCAAGGAGAAGCGCGUCGGCGGUGCCAACUACAACAUUGGCCUCCAGAACACCGAGAACGGUGUCGUCACCCGUUUCCCUCCCGAGCCCAGUGGUUAUCUUCACAUUGGUCACGCCAAGGCUGCUCUCCUCAACGAUUACUUCGCCAAGACUGCCCCAGAUGGCAAUGGCAAGCUCCUCGUCCGAUUCGACGACACAAACCCCUCCAAGGAGAAGCAGGAGUUCGAGGACUCUAUCCUCCACGAUCUCGAGUUGAUGGACAUCAAGUAUGUCUCCGUCACUCACACCAGCGACUACUUCAAGGAGCUCUACGAGAUUGCCGAGCAGAUGAUCCUCGACGGUAACGCGUACGCCGAUGACACCGACCCCGAGGUCCAGAAGGACGACCGCAAGAACCGUCUUGCCAGCAAGCGACGUGACCGUCCUGCUGAGGAGAGUUUGGCCAUGUUCAGAGAGAUGAAGAACGGCACCGAUCUGGGCCGAAAACACUGUAUUCGCGCUCGCAUUGCCUUUGACUCAAGCAACGGCUCCAUGCGAGACCCCGUCAUCUACCGAUUCCCCAACUGGAAGGGCGCCGAGCCCGCACCUCACCACCGAACCGGCUGGGACUGGAACAUCUACCCUACCUACGAUUUCGCCUGCCCCGUCGUCGACAGUCUCGAGGGUGUCACCCACGCGCUCCGAACGACCGAGUAUGCCGACCGCAACGAGCAAUACCACUGGUUCAUCGACAACCUCAAGCUCCGCAAGGUCAACCUUUGGGAGUUUGCCCGUAUCAACUUUAUCCGAACAUUCCUUUCCAAGCGAAAGCUCACCAAGGUUGUCGACACCGGUCGCGUCAGCGGCUGGGAUGAUCCUCGUCUGCCUACCGUUCGCGGUAUCCUCCGUCGCGGUUUGACCGUUCCCGCUCUCCGUGAGUUCAUGUUGAAGCAGGGACCUAGCCGAAACAUCGUCACCAUGGACUGGACAACUAUCUGGGCCAUCAACAAGCGAAUGCUCGACCCCGUUGUGCCCCGAUACAUGGCCAUUGAGGAGAAGGACGCCGUUACUGUCACCGUGACUGGCGGACCCGAGAAGUCCUACAAGGAGGACAGACCCAAGCACGUCAAGAACCCCGACGUUGGUACCAAGCAGGUUACAUUCGGACCCAAGCUUCUCCUCGACCAAGCCGACGUUGCUGAGUUCGCCGACAACGAGGAGAUCACCCUGAUGAGCUGGGGCAACGCCAUCGUCCGCGGCCUCGACAAGUCCGCCUCACCCAUCAAGGAUCUCAACCUCGAGCUGCACCUCGCGGGCGACUUCAAGACCACCAGCAAGAAGGUCCACUGGCUAGCGGCCGACCCCGAGAACCUAGUCAAGGCUGAGCUCUGGGACUUUGGCUACCUCAUCACCAAGGACACGCUAGAGAAGGAUGACAACCUUGACGACUACCUGGCCGAGACCACCGCCUGGAAGGUCGAUGCGCUGGUCGACGCUAGCAUCGCCGGCCUUAAGGAGAACGACUUUAUCCAGCUGGAGCGCAAGGGAUACUACCGUGUGGACAAGGCUCUUGGCCAAGGACCCGACGGCCGAGCUGUCCUGUUCAAGGUCCCCACAGGUGGCCAGAAGGGUUAAGCUAAGCUAAAAGGGCGGGGUAUUUUAUGAAGUCUUGUGUGAUUUGACGACGGACAUGUAGUUAUGAAAAAGACAGAGUACCGUGGUAGAAAUGCGAAAAAAGAGGAAAAGAUCAGGACCAUUAUGAACUCCCUGCAUGCAGUAUAUGUCACGCUGUUCCUCUCGCGGUGAUGAUUCGCUCUGUUGAUGUCAGCGCCGAUGCAGAUCCGCCAAAAGCGGUAUACUCUUUGUACACGAUGGGAAAAUCCCUGCAGAAGAGAUGCGCAUAUGAGAAUGUACAGUGAGAUUUGAACUGCAGGUCUGAGGAUACGAGAGGGGCCGGGUUGAUCGCACCGUGUAAUCAGCUAGCUACACGAGAGGGGGAAAUGAUGGUGCGAUUUGUGAUCUCCACAUCAGGCGGAGAUUUUCUAGAAGAUGAUCGAUUAUGACGUUGGAUAUGUGAAGUGAUUCGGAUGUAGGUACCUAUUGAAGAUGGAUGCAAUGAAUGAGAAUUGUUAAGUGUUGGGCCUAAGAAUAGAAUAUAGAACGGUUCUAGCGCGUGGUGUGCCGCUAACCCCCGCUGUAGCAGUCAGCCCAGAAGGGCUGCUCCCGCAUCGUGGCGUAGAAAAAAAAACGGCGUGA